AUGGCGAGGUGGGGCAGAGGGCAGCCACGUCGGGGCAGGGGUGGCGCGGGGCGGUGCGGGACAACGUCGGAGGGGCGCGGGACGGUGCGCGGCGACGACGGCGACGGCGAGGCAGAGGGCAGCCUAGCGGCGUCGUCGGGGCGGGAUCAAAGAAUUGAACGAAAAGUUUCACAACACGCGGCAGAGCUACAUUGCAACACAUCGUGCUGCGACCAAUGGACCUCACCGGCGACGGGAGCUAUAGUGGAGCGCAUCGCCGACGCAGCGGAGCUGCAUUGCAACAAGUCAUGCUGUGACCGGUGGACCUCACCGGCGGUGGGAGCUACAGUGCAGCGCAUCGCCUGCGCGGUGGAGCUGCAGUGCAACGCAUCGUGCUGCGACCGGUGGACCUCACCGGCGGCGGGAACUGCAGUGCAGCGUACAGCGGCGAUGCUAGCCAUGGCGGCUGCCAACGAGGCCGUCUUCGGAGACGAGUUCGUGGCUGAUGAGAUCCUUGCCCGUCUGCCGGCCCGCUGCGCCGUGCGCUGCAUCGGCCUCUCGAAGCGCUUCUGGCAACUCCUCAGAAGCCCGCACUUCUGGCUGCGCCACCUCCGUCUUGGCGCUCCAGGCCUGGAACUUCCUCGUGCCACUUGCCUCUACGACAAAUGUGAUUACUGCAAGACCACCUACUUCAAUGCCGUCGGCCCCGCGUUCGCCUUCGAGCACACCGUCAACCUCGAGCACGGCAGCUGGUACGCCAACACCUGCAACGGGCUGGUCCUCCUGGCCGCCCGGUCUUCCCUCGACGGCGUCGUUUUCAACCCGGCCACCAAGGAGGAGGUGCGCCUGUCCGUGCCGUCGUUGCCGCCGCCGGCGGCUCCCGAGGACGACGACGGCUAUGUGCUACGCCGCUUCUUGGGGUUUGGGUACGCGCCGUCGAGCAAGGUCUACAAGGCUCUCAUCUCGGAGUUGGUAGCUGACGGCGAUAGCACGACCACAACGUUGAUGGUGGCAUCAUUGGACAGUGUCGGCUGCCAGCAAGUGCCGAGGACGGUGUUCUCAUGCGACAAGGAGAUUUUCAGUGAGCACAGCCUACACACGGCCGUCGUACUCUGCUUGGCCCUGUUCGCCGCAUGGCGCCUCUGCUCGACCCUGUUCGCCGACGCGCCUCCUCGUCCUCGUUUCAAUGUCCGCGAUGCGUCGUGCCUGCCUCUCGCCAGGGAGGUCGGCGUCCGGGCGGCCGCCGGCACGGGAAGCAACUUCGUCGUCUCGCCGCUGUCGAUCCACGCGGCGCUCGCCAUGGUGACCGCAGGCGCGCGGGGCGACACGCGUAGGGAGCUCCUGCGAUUCCUCGGUUCAGCGUCGCUCAACGAGCUGCACCGCGCGCCAUCGAACGAGCUCGUCGGCAGGCUCAACGGCAUAGCGCAGACGUCCUUCGCCUGCGGCGUGUGGGUCGACCGGAGGCGGGCGCUCAGGCCAGAGUUCGCGGCCACCGGCGCGUCGCGGUACGGCGCCACGGCGGAAUCCGUGGACUUCGUGUCGGGGGCCGAGCAGGCGAGGCUGCGCGUGAACGCCUUCGUGGCGGACGCGACGAAGCAGCUCAUCCGCGACAUCCUCCCUCCCGGCUCCGUCGACUCGUCCACGGCGGUCGUGCUCGCCAACGCGCUCUACUUCAAAGGAGCGUGGUCUCACCCGUUCGACCUCUUCACGGCGCCGUUCCACGUCCCAGGCGGCACCACCGUGGGCGUGCCGUCCAUGACGACAGGCCGGUCACAGUACAUCGCGCUCUACCCGGGCUUCAGGGCACUCAAGCUGCCCUACAAGAACGACGUACUGCGGCAAGCUGAUGCAUUCUACAUGCUUAUUCUUCUCCCGGACAGCGGCACUCUCAGUCUCGCCGAUAUCUACGACAAGGCGGUGUCGACGCCAGAGUUCAUCAGGAAGCACAAGCCGGUGAAGAAGGUUCCGGUGGGGCGGUUCAUGGUGCCCAAGUUCAAGUUCACCUUCGAGUUCGAGGCGUCGUCGGAUAUGGGAAAGCUUGGUGUCACCAGGGCUUUCAAAGUCGGCGACUUCUCAGGCAUGGUGAGCAGCGGAGAUGGGCAUGGGCAGGUCUCCAUCUCCCGAGUGUACCAUAAGGCCGCCAUCGAGGUGGACGAGCAAGGCACCGUGGCCGUUGCUGCCACGGUCAUACGCAUGGAUGGUAGUGCGUUUGAGAAAAAGGAACCACCGCAUUUGGUAGAUUUUGUGGCGGAUCGGCCCUUCUUGUUUGCCGUGGUUGAGGAGAUGACAGGUUAACUGAAUAAGUACAUGAUUACUCUAUAAAAUGUGGAACACUUAGGUUUUCGAUUUGAGUAAUUGAACAUGUGGAACCAACCUUGUGCACAAGAUUAAUGUCUAGGAACUCAGAAUCCCAACCAAUAAUGGUACAACCAAGGAAGGGCAGGAGAUGCAAGCUAUGAAAUCGUACUCUUCUAGUUAUGCCCUGGCAUUUAAUCUUGGAUAUGAUUUUGUUGAUAUUGUGUCAAAGUCUUAAAGCAAGCAGUCAAUAAUCACUCUUGUCUCUUGGA